UACAAAACUGUUUGUUUUAUUUACAGAUUAUACUCAAUAUUGUCUCCGUAAUGGUUGUAAUGUAGAUGACAAAUACGAAAACUAAUUUUAGGUUAUGUUAAACUUUGUAUUACGGUGGUUUUAGUUAUCUGAGUGAGGGUGUACUUAGUGUAAGAACUUGGCCAACCGCAACUGAUGGGUGACAGCAGCCCAGAUCUGGACUCCGGAGAGGAGAGCAGUACGUUGUACAAGGAUAGGCCAGACUGGGCGGACAUCAAGCCUCUACCUCAGGAUGAUGGGCCAGUCCCCAUUGUGGCAAUUGCAUACUCAGAAAAAUUUCGAGAUGUGUACGACUACUUCCGAGCAAUAUUGAAGAAGAAUGAGAUGUCAGAGAGAGCAUUACGGUUGACUGUGGACGCACUGAACCUGAACCCAGCUAAUUACACAGUGUGGCAGUUCAGAAGAGAAAUCUUGAAAGCCUUAAACAAGGAUUUGAAUGUUGAGUUGGAACAUGUGGAAAACGUAAUAGAAGAAAAUCCAAAAAAUUAUCAGGUUUGGCAUCAUCGUAAAGUGAUAGUUGAGUGGAUUGGACAGCCCGGACAGGAGUUAGAAGUAACGGCUGAGAUUUUACGAGGAGACGCCAAGAACUAUCAUGCCUGGCAACACCGACAGUGGGUCAUCAGCACGUUCAAACUGUUUGACAACGAGAUGGACUACGUCAAUCAUCUGAUAGAAAAAGAUAUCAGGAACAACUCAGCAUGGAACCAGCGAUAUUUUAUCGUUAACCACGCAUCUAACUUCCAUCCAGAUGUCAUUGCUUCAGAGAUAACAUAUACACUAAAUAAAAUUAAACUAGUUCCAAAAAAUGAAAGCCCGUGGAAUUACUUACGAGGAUUAUUAUUACACUGUGAUGCUGGAUUGAGUGAGCCCAAGGUACUUAGCUUCUGUAAUACCCUGUACACAGAGGGUUGCCGCUCUGCGCACCUGCUUGCGUAUCUGGUAGAUGCUGCGAUAGAACGCGCAGAGAGAGGUCAGGGCGAUAACAGCAGUGUAGCUGACAGCGCCAGGAAGAUGUGUCAAGAAUUGGCGGAGAAGUACGACCCAAUUCGAGCUGCUUACUGGAAAUAUGUGGAACGGACCUUGGACCACGUCUCGAUGCCAAAUUCCGUAUCACCCUAACUGACAAUUUGAAUCAAAAUACAAAUCAUGCUUUUGCUAUAUUGCUUUUUUAAAUUAUCCAACGAAGAACAUUUGAAAGUUACAAAUGAUAAGUUAUUGUAACGCUCUUUAAUCUUUAUGUUAAUCAGCAGUUGUAAUAUUUAUACAUAUAUAUAUUUUUACGAUCACGUAUUUUGUACAAAGUUAUAUUAAUUAUAUUUUUUAAUGUUCACUAUUAAGAGGCUUUCAUUCUUCAAUCAAUUUAUUGUGCCAUAAAUUUAAAGCAUGUGUAAAUGUUGGUAAAAUAAAUUUAAAAAUUAUUUUUUCAUAUAAAUUUUGUUUUGUAAUUUAUACUGAACAAGUCUAUUAUUAGAUGUGUUUAAGUGCAUGUUCUUUAUCAUAUUAUUAUUAUUAUUACAAAUAAAUAAAUCAUAUAUU